GAACUCCACUUCUUUUGCUAACAGGAGCAAGCAAGAACUGCUGAAAUUCAUCAUGGAGUAUCAACCAUAUGUGAGCUCUGUCUCAAAGGCACGGGUUUUACUAAUUGGGCCAGUUGGAGGAGGCAAGUCUAGUUUCGUCAACUCUGUCAAUUCGGUUUUCCGUGGUCAUGUCACCAAUCGGACUCUGAUUGGGAGUGGACCGAGAAGUACGACCACAAUGUAUUCGACAUACUCCUUCAGAAAUGACACUCCUCCUCUGACCCUUUGUGAUACAAUGGGACUUGCAGAAGAUACUGUGUCAGGGCUGCACAGUGAUGAUAUUAUCAGUAUCAUCAAAGGACAUAUUCCGAACAAGUAUAAGUUUGCAGUUGAUUCCCCAUUCAAAGCUGGUGACAUAUCGCCAAGAGCUAUUAAAGAGAAGAUACAUUGUGUUGCAUAUGUGAUUGAUGUGAGUAAAACCCCUAUGCUGUCCACUGAAAUGAAAACGAAAAUCUGUGCCAUUCGAUCAAAGAUUGAUGAAUUGGAGGUUCCACAGAUUGUCUUACUAACAAAAGUGGAUGAAGAAUGCCCUAUGGUUGGGAAAGAUGUGGAAACUGUCUACCGGAGUGAUCUCAUUGCAGAAAAGGUGAUGGAAGUUGGAAAACAACUUGGUAUUGCAGUUUCAUGCAUAAUUCCUGUGCAAAAUUAUUGGUCAGUUCAUGAGCUUCAAUAUAAUACAGAUAUUUUAAUACUCUCUGCUGUGGUACAGAUGUUACGAUUUGCAGAUGAUUAUUUUGAGAAUUCUGUUUAGUUUAUCACCAAACUGUGACAUAAGUUUCUCAUGACUUUGUCUUUUCUGAAUCAUUGCUAGUUUUAGUUGGGAGAAUUCAAAUGCUAUGAGCAAUCAUUUCUCUGUUGCAUUUCACAAACUCGGAAUGAUUUGUUUCCCAAAGGUUUACAGAGGGAUGCUGAAAGGGUUAAUGAUCCUGCCCUGAAAUCUGCAAAUGUUGUAUGGCCAUUGAGGUGUGUUUGUACUGUUGUUAUAUUAAUCAUUCUUUUUAUUAAGGAUAUUAUUAAGAAUAUUAUUAAAUUAGAAGGAGUGCAGAAAAUCUUUACUAGAAUGCUACUUGGACUGGAAGGUUUGAGUCCGAGGAGAGGUUAGAUAAGCUGGGAUUUUUUUCACUGGAGCGUAGGAGGUUGAGAGGUGACCUUUUUUGAGGUUUAUAAAAUCUUGAGGGGCAUUGAUAAGGUAAAUAGCCACCAGCGUUUCCUCAUGAUAGCAGUGUCUGAAACUGGAGGGCAUGGGUUUAAGGUGAGAGGGGAGUGAUACAAAAGGAUCCAGAGAGACAAUUUGGUCACACAGAGGGUGGUGAGUGUCUGGAAGGGGCUGCCAGCGGCAGUGGUGGAAGCAAGUAUCAGUUUGUCAUUUAAGAAACAUUUUGACGCACACAUUGAUGGGAUAGGUAUGGAGGGACAUGGAUCAAACACAGGCAAUUAGGACUGGUUUAAAUUGUGAAAACUGGGUGUCAUUGGCAAGUUAGCCCUGCUGUAGAUCACUAUCACUCGAUGUUAGAGUUUGCCUCCUGUGUGAAUUAACAUGCAGCGGGCUUUGUAAAACCCAAAUCUUAGAGUCAUACAGUCACAGAGACAAACAGCACACAAAUAGACCGUUAUGUCCAACUCGUCCAUUCUGACCAGAUAUCCUAACCUAAUCUGUUCCCAUUUGCCAGCACUUGACCCAUAUCCCUCU